AUGAACAGUCUAUCGGAAAUUACUAUCGGGUCUGAAUUUGAGGAGGGUUAUAUCGAAGAAAAGAACUGGAACGGGACGCGUCCUAUACGACGGUAUAACUCCCCCUUGGCACUAGCAUCUCAUCGAGGACAUGAUCGCGUUAUUGAAAAAUUACUUUCAUACGGCGGUGCUGGGCUCGUCAACCUCCGAUACCCGGGGCGCAUUUACGUCCGAAGUCCACUGUUCUAUGCAAUCGACAGUGGUCACCGAGGUGUUGUGAAAAUGCUUCUGAAUCACGGAGCCAACGCACAUGCCAAUUCAACUGGGGAAUCAAGGCGAUGUUUCUGGAUCAUCGAGCCCGACUAUGUGGCACAAUUAGUCGGGGAAUUAAGUCGCCAUUUUCUAGAGCCUUCGAAUCGCCUGAAAACCCAGAUAUCCUACAAUUUGAUGCUUCAUGCCGGAGCCGAUGAGUUUGAAACGCUGGAUGAAUUCGAUAAGCGAUAUAGUCUCCAUAGCGGGGCAUAUCAAGAAGCACUCGAGCUCACGGCAAGGGCAUCAGACGUGGCUGCAAUCAAGCUUCUAUUCGAAAAUGUCCAAUGGAGAGCCUCCACAAGCCCAUAG